AAUUACUGAUUAACUGCGUUUUGACUUAAGGAGGGCGAGUUCUUUGCGAUUGAGACCUUCGGCAGUACAGGAAAGGGCGUGGUUCACGACGACAUGGACUGCUCACACUACAUGAAGAACUUUGAGGUCGGACACGUUCCGUUGAGGUUGCCCAGAGCCAAGCAACUUCUAAACGUCAUCAACGAGAACUUCGGCACUCUUGCGUUUUGUAGAAGAUGGUUGGAUCGGCUGGGACAGGUACUGUGCAUUGAUCUGUCUUGGUGUAGAGCGCUUCUCAAAGACAAACAGACUGUGAGAAAGAAAAACAAUGGCAGAAAUCACACAGCCAAUCACUGAAGCCAAAGUAUUGUGAUUGA